AGCAACACCAUGUCGCUUUCAGUCCGCACCUCUGGACUGUCCAGGAGGUCCUCCUCACAGAAUGGGGCGACAGGCAGACCUUGGGGUGCAUCUGCUUCUAGUGCUGCAAGCUGCUAUGGGGGGAUGGCCUCUGGCUUUGGAGUUGGUUGUGGGGGCCUCAUUUCUGCGGCUUCCAUGUUUGGUUCUGGUUCUGGCUUUAGCGGCGGCUCUAUGGGCUCCUUAGCAGGGUUUGGCGCCGCCUGUGGUGGAACUCUGGGAGGUGGCUUGGGAGGGAUGGGGAUGGGAAUAGGGGGAAGCUCGGGUGGUGGCUCUCUGUGUAUCCUCUCUGACAAUGACGGAGGGCUUCUUUCCGGUUCUGAAAAAGAAACAAUGCAAAAUCUGAACGAUAGACUAGCUUCCUACCUAGGUAAGGUUCGCGCUCUCGAGGAAGCUAAUGCCGAACUGGAACACAAAAUUCGAGAGUGGUACGAAACUCGAAAAACUGGAGACUCUGGGCCCCAGAGCGAUUACAGUAAAUAUUACCCACUGAUUGAAGAAUUAAAGAAUAAGAUCAUUUCUGCCAGCGUUGGGAAUGCCCAGAUCAUCUUGCAGAUUGACAACGCAAGGCUGGCUGCCGAGGACUUCAGGAUGAAGUAUGAGAAUGAGCUGGCCCUGCACCAGACCGUGGAGGCAGACAUCAACGGCCUACGCAGGGUGCUGGACGAGCUGACCCUGGCCAGAGCUGACCUGGAGGCACAGACAGAGAACUUGACUGAGGAGCUGGCCCACAUGAAGAAGAACCAUGAGGAGGAACUGCAAAGUGUCCAGACAGGUGGUCCAGGUGAGGUCAACGUAGAAAUGGAUGCUGCACCCGGAGUGGACCUCACCAAGGUCCUCAAUGAGAUGAGGGCCCAGUAUGAAGUCAUGGCUGACCAAAAUCGGAAAGAUGCAGAGGCCUGGUUCCUUGAAAAGAGCGGAGAGCUCAGGAAAGAGAUCAGCAGCAAUACGGAGCAACUUCAGUCUAGCAAGAGCGAGAUCACCGACCUGAGGCGCAUGGUGCAGAACCUGGAGAUUGAACUCCAGUCCCAGCUCGCCAUGAAGAAGUCUCUGGAAAACUCACUGGCUGAAACCGAGGGUGGUUAUUGCUGCCAGCUAUCUCAGGUGCAGCAGCUGAUAGGCAGCCUGGAGGAGCAACUUCAACAGUUGCGCGCAGAUGCCGAGCGCCAGAACGCCGACCACCAGCGGCUGCUCGGCGUCAAGGCCCGCCUAGAGAUGGAGAUUGAGACCUACCGUCGGCUGCUGGAUGGGGACGGCCAAGGCACCGGAUUUGAUGACAGUUUAUCCCUCACUGUCUCCAAAUCUCAGACACCAUCUGUUGAUUCCUCUAAAGACCCAAAUAAAACUAGAAAAAUCAAGACAGUUGUGCAGGAGAUCGUGAAUGGUGAAGUGGUCUCAUCGCAAGUUCAAGAACUUGAAGAAGCAAUGUAA